CUAAAGAUCUAGAAUAGGGAUAUAAUUGAUGUCAUGGCAGUACAAAUCUAUAACUUUACGUUACCGAGCAACUUUCACGACAACAGCCCUUUCCCCGAUCAUUCAUCACCCUGGUUCACUUUUCUCCUCCAUACCUUCAAGGGUAGUGGUCCCAGAUGCAAGUUCAUGGUCUCCCUCCUUUCGACUUCCCAUCCCGGAUGUGGCAGCCCGAACUCAUACCACCCUAGCGCACUCGCCAGCACUACUGUCUGCUCCAAAUAUGAGAUUCUCCUCCCAAUACAACCCCUCGCCCCAGCAGAGAAAGCCACAAAGUACGGCUGAAGAGGUUUUCCUUCAUUCCCUCUCUGGCUUGAACUUCUCUGGCUCGGGAAAGAUCUUCUCGUCACGGUGUGCGAUAUAGGCGCUUAUGGCAAUGGUAGUACCUCCUGGAAUGAAAUCUCCAUUGAUGAGCCACCCUUCUUCUGGC